AUGGCGGACCGCGUGAUGAAGCUAGCGUCGGAGCGGGCGGUGGUGGUGUUCACGCUGAGCUCCUGCUGCAUGUGCCACACGGUGACGAAGCUGAUGCAGGACCUAAGCGUGAACGCGCUGGUGCACGAGCUGGACAGCGACCCCAGGGGCAAGGAGAUGGAGCGCGCCCUGCUCAAGAUGCUCGGCGGCAGGGGCCUCGCCGUCCCCGCUGUCUUCAUCGGCGGCAAGCUCGUUGGCGGCACCAACAGGGUCAUAUCCCUCCACCUCGGCGGCGAGCUCGUGCCCAUGCUCAUGAACGCCGGCGCGCUCUGGGUGUAG